AUGGGUCAAAUUCCUCUAGUACACGACACUGAGCGGCUGAGUUGUCAGUUCUGGGACCCGGACAAUGCAUGGCUGUCACCGUGCGCAUUUCCAUAUCUCGUCAUUGCGCCAGCGAGUGUGGUUUUGCUUAUUACCCUGUGCUAUUCAUUGGGUCCUCUGUUGCGGCGAUGGCGUCCCAGGUGGACGUUUCCCUUCAUCUCAGAGAAGGAUGAGUAUCAAGAGCUUCCUCCUGAGGGUGUGAAACAAUCGCUUCGGUGGACCCUUGCGCUUUUUGCUUUCUCAGCUAUUGGAUUUUCAGCCGAAGUUGUGCACAGCUUUCCCCCAAGAACUGAACUUUUGUCCAUCGUUCUUGUUGCGUCAUGGGCUACAGUAGCCGUGUUAAUAGCGGUCAACCGACCUAGGUCGUGUUCGAUCUCAAUGCUGGUAUUCUACCUGUUGACUUUCGCCGUCGAGAUAUCACUAGCUUCAAGUCCCGGUGAAAGCCCGACGUUCAAGUCAAUCACCCGUUAUGUUGCCGCGGCUGCUAGUCUAGGAGCUUGCUUCACAAUUCUUCUGAUGCCAUUCCGAAAGGCUUCACUCCCAGUCUUCAACAUCAGCUCCGUUGGUCAACCGCCAUGCAGCGAUUUCCGGAGUCCAGAAGACAACCUGCGAUUAUGGCAAUUCCUGACUGUUUCCUGGAUGGCACCUCUAAUAACCCUUGGACGGCUCAGAAAAUUGGAUGAUCCAGACGUGUGGCUUCUGGGUUACGAAUUCCAGCAUCGACGGUUACAUGAGAAGUUUCGUCGUAUCCGCGGAACUGUCCUAGGUCGCUUGUUGAAAGCCAAUGGCCUCGAUAUUCUCGUCAUUUCCGCUAUUGCUACGAUCCAGAUGUUCUGUGACUUUUCCACGCCAAUCCUGCUCCAGCAACUCUUGCAGGCGAUGCAAGAUCCAACCAGAUCGAAACGAGUACCAUUGACCUAUGCGCUUUUAUCGUUGUUACUUCGCUUGGUAGCAGCUCAGUCACAGGUAUUAAAUCUUUGGUACGGGCGACGAUGCUACGAGAGGUCCCGAGGCGAGAUGGUGAUGAUGGUCUAUGAGAAGGCUCUCUCGCGAAAAAAUAUUCUCGGCGCAAGAAAGAUCGAGGGCGAAUUUUCUUUGACCGAAGGGGACAACAUGGAUGCCAAUGAAGCAAGAAGAGAGCUGGAAGAGACUUCGGUGAAAGCCGGAUUUUGGAGCCGUCUCCUCCCUCAACACAGAAAGACCAAGCAGGUCAAGACCAAACAAGCUGCCUCUCUGGGCAAGAUUUUCAAUCUCCUCCGAGGAGAUGUUUACGACGUGGCUCAGCGAUUCUGGGAGGUUGAUGUUCUGAUUGACAAGCCUUUAGGUCUUGUCAUUGCUGUCUGGCUGGUCUGGACUCUCUUCGGUCCAUCCUGCUUCCUCGGUAUCUUUGCCGUUCUGGUUGCUCAAGCUAUAAACGCCAUAGUCACUCGAAUCCUUCUCCAAUGGGAAGAAAAAAGGCGAGAAGCGACCGAUUCUCGCUUGCAGAACACAUCCCAGUUCGUGGAAGCGAUCCGUCAUCUUCGCUGGUAUGGUUGGCAAGACCACUGGCUUCGGCAGGUAAUGGAAGCUCGACAACAUGAGCUAAGCCUACGAAUCAUUACCAGCCUAUGGAAUAUUCUCAUCCGUUUCAUAAAUGCUUUUGCCAGUGGUGUAUUCCCAGUCAUCGCUCUAUAUGCCUAUACUUUGCUAGCUGGGCGUGAGCUGCGCAUUGAUAUAAUAUUCCCCGCACUACAGCUCUUUACGAUGCUCGAGACUCGGUUGCGAGACAUUCCUGGCUUGAUAACAGCUUUUAUUAAUGCAUCUAUUGCUCUCGGGCGUAUUGAAGACUUCAUGGAAGAGCCGGACAAAGACCAGCUUCCGCUUGACGACCCCACGGACGAGAUUCCUUUCCAGUUAGAUUCUUGCUCAUUUGCGUGGCCAGGGAAAAUAUUACCUGUGCUCACUAAUAUCAACGUGAUCAUUCCGAAGGGUAUCACUGUUGUGAGUGGCAAAGUUGGUGCUGGAAAGACAGCCUUCCUCCAAGCUCUACUCGGCGAACUCGAUCGACUCGGUGGUUCCUCUCACGUUCCAAAUGAAAUGAUAGGUUACUGCGCUCAGACACCCUGGCUUCAAAGUAUGAGUAUCCGGGACAACAUCCUAUUCUCCGCCCCAUAUGACGAGCAACGCUACAAACGAACACUUGAUGUGUGCGCCCUGCUUCCAGAUCUGUCUCAAUUCAAACACGGUGACUUGACGUUCGUGGGCGAGAAUGGCAUUGGUCUCUCAGGAGGUCAAAAGGCUCGCGUGGCUCUUGCACGAGCAGUUUACAGUACCUCCCGUGUUCUUCUACUGGAUGAUCCGUUAUCAGCUCUCGAUCACAACACUGCCGAGCUCAUAGUUCGCAAGUGCUUGUCCGGUCCCUUGAUGAUUGGCCGCACGAUCGUUCUCGUCACGCAUCGCACUGCGCUGGUCCGUACUAUUGCUUCCCAGAUAAUUGAGAUCGACGAAGGGCACUGUACAGUCCACGAUAGAUAUGCUAUUAUGUCUUCGUCAAAGUACGGGAUGGAGUCUUCGAUGCUAUCAACUGAUUCUGAAUCAGAGACAGAGGGGGAGAUUAGCCUCGAAGACGAGGCAACAGCAGUGCCGGACAAGUUCAUUGAGGAUGAACACCGGGCGGAACGGGGCGUCAAAGCCCGAGUGUAUUGGACUUAUAUCAAAGCUGGCAAACUUCGAUGGUGGCUUGUACUCGUCUUAGUUCUAACUGUGUACCGUCUGGCAUCUGUCGGACAAUCCUGGUUCCUGAAAGGAUGGGGAGAGGCCUACAAUACAAGUUCAUCAGCCUCUGGUGGCUUGGUCGGAGAUACGGCGCUGGUGGCUACCUCAUCCGUGGACGCAUACUUCGCUCCCUCGAAUCCUAUGGACCAACUCCCACCUCCACGAGAUGACGUCCGACCGUGGCUUUGGACUUUCUUCGCUAUCAUCUCCUUCCAAGCAGCCACAUUACUUAUCGCACAGUUUCUCAUGCUAGCCAUCGUCUACUUUGCUGGCAAGGCACUGUUUAGACAGGUCAUGGUUCGCGUCAGCCGUGCAACCUUCCGGUUCUUCGACGUAACCCCCGUGGGCCGGCUAAUGAACCGCUUGACAUCGGACAUUGGCGUUGUGGAUGGAAACAUCAGCGAACAGUUUCAGAUUAUUGCAUUCCAAGCUAUCACCUGGAUAUCCUCUAUCUUGGUCAUUGCUACAGCUACCCCAGCAUUCCUGAUCCUUUCGUUGAUACUGACGGUGUGUUUCGUCCUCAUCUUCUUGCAAUUCCUGCCAACCUCGCAAAGCCUCAGGCGUCUUGAGAUGGUCUCAUUGACUCCACUGCUGUCGAAUUUUGGAGAGCUCCUUCACGGUCUCACGACAGUCCGCGCCUUCCGUGCCGAGGAGCGCUUCCAGAGCCGGGUUAUUUCCGUCGUCGAUAAAUUCCAAGGAAUGGACCACUUCUACUGGUCAUUGCAGGCAUGGCUUAUGUACCGCUUUGAAAGCUUGUCCGCAUUCUCGACCUUCUGCCUUACUGCUCUGGCUCUAUACACAAACACAACACCUGGGCUAGUGGCGUUUGUGCUCAUCGCUGCAAAUAACUUUGUCGAGUCCACACAUGCCCUGUGCAAGCAAUAUGGACAAUUGCAGAUGGACUUUGUGUCAGUGGAACGAGUGGAUGAGUUACUUCACAUCGAAGAAGAAUCCCCCGGAACGGUUGAACCCCCAGCUGCCUGGCCGACCUAUGGUAGUGAUAUCACAUUCGAGGAUGUCACCAUUCGCUAUGCACCACACCUCGACCCUUCCUUGAAGGAAGUAUCGCUCCGCAUUCCAGGCGGCUCAACUACUGCAAUUAUCGGUCGCACAGGUAGUGGCAAGUCCACAUUGGCGGUAUCCCUUCUCAGCGUCAUCAGACCAGAAACAGGCCGGAUCACGAUCGACAACAUCAACAUCGCCGAAGUCAGCACCCAAGCGCUGCGCACCCGGGUCACUUUCGUCGCACAAGACCCGGUUCUCUUCCCCGGUAGCAUUCGUCUCAAUCUAGAUCCUACUGGAGAUUUUUCUGACCGGCAAUGCGCCGAUGUACUCGAGCGCCUCUGCGGCCGUCAUGGCUGGCAUCUUGAAACGCAUAUUGAAGCUGGUGGCAAGAAUCUCAGCCAGGGUCAGCGACAGCUCAUUGCGCUCACGCGGGCGGUCCUUCGACGCAGUCCGGUUGUCAUUCUCGAUGAAGCCACUGCGUCGAUUGAUCACGAGACAUCUCUCGAUAUCCAGCAGAUUGUUCGAGAGGAGUUGCGGCUCUCAACGGUCAUCACGAUUGCGCAUCGUAUUGAAGCUGUCAAGGACGCGGAGUACUACGUCGUUCUGGACCAGGGACGAGUAUCGCGACAGGGCCAUGUUCGAGACUUGUAA